AGUAAACAUAACCUAUAAAAUUAAAACGUCAAAACCAAUAACGUUUACAGAAAUAAUUUUAAUUUACGUGAUUACAAAAAAUGCCUGUUCCACCACCCGAAGUAGAACACGUUCUAUCAAAACGACUCAAAAAAAUCUUAGAAACCCGUUUAGAAAAUGACCAAGACACUUUGGAUGCUCUAAAACAGCUCUCAACGUUUUAUCAUGAGAAUAGCUUGCAAGCACGAAGAAAUCUUCGUAGCCAAAUUGAAAAGCAAAGUUUAGAGAUUAAUGAGAACUUCUUGGCUGCUUUUCGAGAGGUGAAAGAAUCGUUUGAUGAAGUUUACAAUAAUGUGGCUGAUAUGAGUAAGUCUUUACAAGAUAUGAGUAUUCGAUUACAAAAUGCAAAAUCACAAACGAAGCAUUUGUUAGAACAAACAAGUGGGUUACAAAUCGAUAAGGAAAAGAAUGAAAUGCAAACUAAGGUGAUCUAUGCUUUUCUUGAAAAGUUUCAAUUAAAUCAAGAUGAAAUUACCGCUUUACAUGGCAAUAAGCAUCGUAAAGAUUUACCAAUAACGUUGGAUAUUUUUGCUGCUUUGGAUAAAGUACAAAAAAUACAUAACGAUUGUCGAAUUUUAAUGCAAUCUGGACAUCAAACUUUAGCACUUGAUGUAAUGGAACAAAUGACUUUACACCAGGAAGGGGCUUUAGAGCGGCUUUAUCGAUGGACACAAAAUCAUUGCAGAAAUGUUGAUCACCCUGAUUUAAAAGAGAUAAUUAUCAAAGCUAUGGCACGCCUCCAAGAACGUCCAGUUCUUUUUAAAUAUGUUAUUGAUGAAUAUUGCAUUUCACGUCGCGCCGCGCUUGUUGGUGACUUUAUAGAUGCAUUAACUCGAGGUGGCCCAUCUGGAAAUCCUUCUCCAAUAGAAAUGCGAGCUCAUGAUCCCCAAAUUUACGUUACAGACAUGUUAGCAUGGCUAAAUAAAGCAAUUCCACUUGAAAAACAACGUUUAUUACUUCUUGUUUCGUUAUGCGACAAAAACGAUUUAAAUCAACAGAUUGAGAAUGCUUUAUGCAGUAUUUCUGAGGGUGUUUGUCACCCAUUAAAAAUUCGAGUGGAAAAAAUCAUUUCGUUUCCAAAUGAUUGUAACGCGCUUUACUCUGUAACGAAUUUAAUUCGAUAUUAUAGAAAAACGAUUGCUAAAACUACAAAUGGUGGUCCAUUAAAUUCUACGCUUCAAGAAUUACAAGAAAAUGUUGAACAUGCGUUUAUUAAAACUUUAGAAGGGCAAGUUUCAAAUAUGUUAGUUCGAGUUGAAGCUCCACCAAAAGAUUUAACCCCAACUUCUUCUAUAAAUAAUUUAUUGUCUUUAUUAAGAGAUAUGUUAUCUACCGCGAGUAUGAGUGAAGGAAGAGAACAAGAUAUGGUUAAAAUAGCUUAUUGCGUUGUUGAGCCAAUUUUAAGAGCUGUAAAUGAGCAAGCUUCAAGAUUACCAACAACGGAUAUGGCUGUUUAUAUGUUAAAUUGUAUGUACUCAAUGUAUACAUGUCUUUCAUUGUAUCAAUACAUGGAUGAUCGUUUGGAGAGGAUACAAGCGCAAUCUGAUGCUCAAAUUGAUACCUUAACGUCGGAACAGGCGAGUUCUUUGGUGGCCAAUUUAAAUUUGGGUCCAAUUUAUACUAUUUUACAAGAUACUUCUCAUGGACCUUUAUCUACAAUACCUGGGAUGGAACCUAGUAAUUUAAAAAAUUUUUUGAUUAAAUUGGAUUCAUUAUCAACAUCGCCAGAUGCAUUAUUAUUACCUCAAAUUACUUUAUUAUUAUCGUCCCAACAUAAAAAAGCGAUACAGAAAAGAUCAUUUGAUGUUAUGUUGGCGAUUUAUAAACAAUUAUACGAAGCAGUACAUAAUCCAGUUAAUCUGUAUGAAAAUCCAGUUGGUAUUUUAUCAAAAUCACCAGAAGAAUUAAUCCAACAAAUUUCUAAAUAAAUCAUUUGUAUAUUUUAUAAGUUAAAUAAAAACAUGUUUUAAUAUAAA